AUGUCGGCUGCGCUGAUCAACUCGCUGAGCAAGCUGCUCGUACCCGGCAUCGUCGGACUGGGCAUCGUGCAGAGCAGUAUCUACGACGGUCAGUCAUUCUUGCCUACCUUCCCUGGACGGUGAUUGGCACUCACUUGCUCGCUCGUCGGCUGCGACCCCAACAGUGCCCGGCGGUCACCGCGCCAUCAUCUUUGAUCGCUUCUCCGGUGUCCGGGACAAGGUAUGUUCCUCGCCGUACUGGGCAGUACUUGUAUUUGGGGUAAUUUGGGGUAUGCUCAGACCAUCCUGUCGUCGUGUACAGCCCUCGGACGAAGGCACGCACUUGCUCGUGCCUUGGUUGCAGGUCAGUCCCACCUCACCCCACGGCCAGAGUGUCCCUCUCUGACCUCACCCGUCUUCCCCACUCAGAAACCCAUCCUGUACGAUGUCCGAAUCAAGCCUAGAGUAAGCCUUCUCGAACCAAGCCUCGUCACCUCCACCCCCCCCGCCCAACUUGGCCCACUGACAAACACCUUCCCCAUCCACCACCGCCCGCCCCCCUUCAGAACAUCUCCACCACGACCGGCUCCAAGGAUAUGCAAAUGGUCUCCCUCACCUUACGCGUCAUGUCCCGCCCCGACACCCGACACCUCGCGACCAUCUACCGUUCGCUCGGUCUCGACUAUGACGAACGAGUCCUCCCCUCGAUCGGGAACGAGGUGCUCAAAGCUACCGUCGCCCAGUUCGACGCGGCCGAAUUGAUCACCCAGCGUGAGGUCGUCAGUUCGAGGAUCAGGGAGGACCUGCUCAAGAGGGCCGGAGAGUUCAAUAUCGUGCUCGAGGAUGUCUCCAUCGUUAGUACUCCCCGUCUCGUUGGUUGGGUCAGGGGGGGGGGGGGUUGUGGGGUUGUGGGAUCGAGAACCUGAUUCGCUUUUUCCUUCCUUUGUUCCGACCCGAUCAGACCCACAUGACGUUCGGUAAGGAGUUCACUCAGGCCGUCGAGCAGAAGCAGGUCGCACAGCAGGGUGAGAGAAGCUUUCCUCGGUUUUGUAUUCCCGCAAAGAAUCCCUCUCAUCAGUCUGCACCCACCUUGCAACCACAGAGGCCGAAAGGGCAAAGUUCAUCGUUGAGCGCGCAAGUUUCCCCCCCAACCAUCUCCGAAAGAAUCCCCUCUCCCACCCCAUCUAACACCCUUUCUUUCCGUUUCCUCUCUCUAGUCCGAACAAGAACGUCAAGCCGCCGUUGUCCGUGCCGAAGGCGAAGCCGAAGCCGCGACCAUCAUCUCCAAAGCCUUAUCCAAGGCCGGAGAAGGCUUGGUCCAAUUCCGUCGUAUCGAAGCGAGCAAGGAUAUUGCCCAGACCCUGUCGAAUGUAGGUCGAGGAUCGUUUGGGGUUGAGUUAUUGGUGGGGGCUGACUUUGGUUCCUUGGGCGCGUGGGAAAUAGGGUCGAAACGUUACGUACCUCCCCGGUGGUGGCAACGUGCUAUUGCAAGUUCCUUCGCAGUAA